AUCCAAUACUGCAACAACUCCGCUAGGUUGUUUCUACGCCUUGCGCCAUCGAUAGGUCCUCGGUUCGCAGCAUCGAUCAGGACGAGUUAGACUUGACGUCAUGAGGUGGGUUGACCAACUGGAAGACGGCUCGUCCCGCGCCCGUGCUAGAUAAACUGCCUUGUACUGAUAACAUGGAGACUUUUCUCAUGUUCUUACAGCAUCUCACGGUCCAUUUCCAACAUGUCGUCUAAUGAGAAGCCAAUAGUGUUCCACUACGACGGCUCGAUCUUCUCUCACCGAGUGCUAUGGUAUCUUUGGCUUCGCGGUAUACCUUAUGACGAAUGUAUUCAACCUGCAUUCAUGCCACGUCCAGACCUUGAACUCAUUGGCGUUGGCUAUCGAAAGAUCCCUAUCAUGGCUGUUGGAAAAGAUGUAUAUUGCGAUUCCCGGCUGAUUAUCUCCACGCUAGAGUCCUUGUACCCUAACAAUGCCCUUUCGCCCUCGACGCCAGCCGACGUUGGUAUCAGGAAACUUUUCGAGAGCUGGACUAUCGAUGGCGGUAUCUUUGCCAAUGCUGUCAAGAUGAUGCCAUAUUGGCAGGAAGCAAGCUUUCUUUCGAAUGAAGCAUUCGUCGAUGAUCGCCAGAAGCUCAUGGGAAGUCGAUUUACUGCCCAAGGAAUGCAGGCUGGGCGACCGGAAGGCGCGCAGCACUUACAGCAAGCUUUCGAUAUGCUUGAGACUAAUUUCCUCGCGGACGGCAGAGAUUGGAUCCUAAACACACAGGAGCCGUCGCUAGCAGACAUCGAUGCUGUCUGGCCGUUCAAAUGGUUGAUGUCGGACCCAAAGAUGAAAGACAGCCUUCCCGCGGAGCACUUCAAUGCUAAGAAGUAUCCGAAUGUGUUUGCGUGGGUGAAGAGAUUCGUUACACAGCUGAAUGAGAAGAAAGAGACACUGCCAAAGCCGAAUGCGCUCGACGGGGAAACAAUGGGCAAGCGAACUCUUGACGCCACCACCGCACCAGUAACCAUUACUUUCGACGAUGACAAUUCUCACGGGUUCAAACAAGGCGAAGACGUUGAAAUCUCACCUUCAGACUACGGACAAACGGGUAAGACUGCCGGAACGCUAGUUGGUCUCACAGAACAUGAAGUUGUUAUCCGAAAUAGCAAAGGCAUACAUGUGCACUUUCCGCGAUGGAAUUUUGCCAUUUCCAGAGCUGCUUCAAAGUCUAAGAUCUAGAUUGCGCAAGCUAAGAGUAUCGUAGUUCGCGAUUGUAGCAGUCGUCAUAUAUUUUGAUCUCUUCCGUGAAUAUACAGUGUUUGCUUAUUGUCACCUCG